CAUCAGCCCGCCCACGGGAGAGAGGACAAAAACAAUCGGCAUCUCUUUCUCUCUCAGACAGAACAUAAACAAGAGGACUGAGCACAAAUAUCUACUUAUCUUUCGCUUUCACAAUCCGUUAUCGAGAUGGUUUCUCCGGUCACUGUGGUCAAGAGUGAAGGCCCUAAGCUGGUGCCAUUCUUCAAGUCAACCUGUGUUUAUUUCGUCCUGUGGCUGCCAACCUCAAGUCCAUCUUGGUUUAGUGCACUUAUCAAAUGUCUGCCCAUCUUCUGCCUCUGGGUGUUUCUCCUGGCACAUGGCUUCAGCUUCCUCGGGGCUCACUCCAGUGCUCGCAAGAUCCUGGCUGGCCUCAUCUUUUCUGCCCUGGGUGACGCCUUCCUCAUUUGGCAGGAGCAAGGGUACUUCGUCCAUGGUCUUCUGAUGUUUGCCAUCACUCACAUCCUCUACUCAUCUGCCUUUGGGAUGAAGCCCCUCAAUGUGUGUGCAGGCCUGGUGAUCACGGCCGUGUCCAGUUUGAGCUACUUUCUCCUCUACCCUUACCUGUCAGGCCCCUUUACCUACCUGGUGGCCGUCUACAUCGCUCUGAUUGGCUUCAUGGGCUGGAGGGCCAUCGCAGGCCUGCAAUUAGCCAACGAUCUCUGGACCUGGACCAAGCUGUCGGCCUGCCUGGGCGCAGUUCUCUUCAUGGUGUCCGACCUCACUAUUGCCGUCAACAAGUUCUGCUUCCCCGUGCCCCACUCACGUGCCAUCAUCAUGGCGACCUAUUACGCCGCCCAGAUGCUGAUAGCCCUGUCAGCUGUGGAAUGCCAGGAUGCGGAGGUUGCCAGGAAGAGGAUAUGAGGGCUCUAUGUCUCUUUGGCGUCCUGCUUAUGAGCCUGGCAAGGUGGUAGUCGCUCCCUGGGUGAUCAUGGACACAUUUCACUACCACAUCCCUAAGCCUCAGCCCUCAUCUCCAUGGUUACCAUAGCAACUGGAGCACCACAGCCAUGUACGAUAGCCCCACACUUUUUUCUUACCAUGACGCUGCGGUCGUAUCAUCUUCAGCCUCUCUCAGCAACAGUCCGACCUGCCUUCUGACCUUCAAAUGCCUCUUGCAACUGAGUGACCAUCGACGUGUGCACGGUAUUGUUAUCCUGCUCGACAAAGUAUUAGGUGCAAUUAUUUGUUGUUCAAGGGGUGAAUGUCACUGUGGACAUUUAUGAAAUGUGUGAGUGGGCACAAAUGUAUGUGUGGAUUUACAGUAUGUGUUGGAUUCACAUACCUUACUUAAACCACGUCGUACCCAGACUCAAGACUUAAAAGACUUAAAAAUCAACUUAAUUUGGUCCAUGCAAUUCCAUAAUAUGUCAUUGUCUUCUGGUAAUGUAGCGUCUCAGUCAACCAGGUCAUGGUGCUCCAUCAAAGUUGGACAUUGGCCAAUAACAAAGAAGACAACUACUGUAGUUGCUUCAACUAUAGAUUUUGUCGUCUCAGAAAAGGGAUUUAUUACAGACCUGCCCAUGUUUGGCUCCGUCCCUUAUGCUAGUCUGUCCUCCCCCUGUAUUGAGGAUGCUAUUUUAUAGUCAGGAGCUGUUGUAUAAGCUGUAGUCCCUUCCGUUCAACGCACAACCAACCACAUUGCUUUUGUUUGGUUUGCUAUUCAAGGUAUUCAACAGCCUCAGCAACACACCGGACUAAGUUCUUUCUACCCACUGAAAAACUAGAAAUAAAGCAAGGAGGUGGGAAGGCAAAAGGGAGGAAAAUUGCGUGACUGAAUCGGCCAGUGUGCGCUGACACUUUUGUGAUCGAGUUUUUUCAUUAGGCGAGUAAUGGCUUGCUUGUGGAAGGUAGGAUUUUAUGAAUUUGCUGUAUUCAAGACUACUCAGUGUCACAGCAGAAUGUUAUUCUUACUCUUCAUGGGGUUUAGUUCUUUAGAAAUUCAAACUUCGAUAGCAUUUCCGACCCCGCUCUUCUUUGACCUGAACAGAAUAAUCAGUGUAGAUAGUGAAUGAGAGAGAUAGUGAAUGCACAUUGUGAGAGAAAACCCAUGGUGUUAUUGUUACUGAUCAGGCAGUCCACGCUGUCAUAGGUCUGCAGUUUUUGGAAUGUUGACUGAAGAGAAAGUAUAUUGUUGUUACUGAGGAACGAAAACAAGGCAAGUGGCUAAUUCUACAAGUUAGGCCAUUGGUUUUGUUUUGGUUGCUGUUUUGUUCGUGAAGAGGAUUAUGAAAAGUAGUUUGUCUUGUAUGUAUUCCAUCUUACUAUAUACUAUCACAGUGUUUUCUAUACAGUACAUUCAUUUUAUACUUUUUUAGAUUUGGCGCUACCUGUUUGUCCCAGCUGACAAUCGCAUUAUAGUGUGACUGUCUGUGUAGCUUGUCCUUACAACUCUGUACAGUAGAUGGCAUCAUACCUCUGCUCCUUAACACACCUCAUACGCACGUACCACAACUGACUUGGUCGCACAUGUAAUGCAUCUAUUGGAUAGAUACUUUAUUCAUCUCCAAGAGAAAUUCACAUUUUUGCAGAGCUGCUGGAAAAAUGUGAAUUUCUCUUGUGAAUUUCCUCUUAUGAUGAACUUAAUCACUUCAUCACAGAGUAAAAUAAACCAACCAAGGCAAGACAUGAAAGACAAUAAAAAUAAAAACAUAGAAUAAAUAUAGGAUAUAGGAUAUAGAUAUAGGAAAUAUAUAAACAUAGGAUAAAUAAACAAAUAGAUAUGGAACAGAUCACCUCAAAUUUGUAGUGCAAUAGUAAAUAAUAAAUAAUAAUAAUAAUCCAUCUAUUUUCUAUACCGCUUAUCCUAAUUAGGGACGUGGGGGUAUGCUGGAGCCUAUCCCAGCUGACUUUGGGCGAGAGGCGGCGUACACCCUGUUCUGGUCGCCAGCCAAUUGCAGGACACAUACAGACAUAAUAAUAAUAACAUUAUUAUUAUAUUAUAAAAUACUUAAUAUAAUAUAUAUUAUCAUAUAAUUAAUAUUAUAUUAUAUGUGUAUAUUAUAUAUUGUAAUAUAAUUAAUAAUAAUGUUGUUAUUAUAUAAUAUAAAUAAAAUGCGAUAUUAGAUGUACAAUAACAUGUACAUUAUCUUAUUAUCUAUCAGCACAGACUCACAUGGAGCCCAGGAAAGAGCAACAAUGUUUUUUAUAAUCACCCGUGCAUGUUAUAAGGCGAAAACACACGUGUCUGCCACUGCACAAAAUGAAACAAACACCCGUAUGUCAAUAACUUCAUGUUCUGUUGUUAAAUAAGGUUGAAUAACAUGAGAGAAUGUCGCACAUUUCUUAUGACACAAACCAAACAGCUCACUUUUGGCCGUCCACACACAAACAAUGAGUCGGGAUUUCGAAAGUUUUGCCUCAGGGCCAAUGAUGCCAAUGACGUGAUCUAGCGCCCUCUAAAUGACAGGAAUACCACAGAUCAAUUGCAGUCCUGUGGGAAACAGUGCAUCACCAUUUUCCUCUGCAAAUGAAGUGUCUGAUCGACUAUAUAUAAAAAAUAUUGCAACUGUCUUCAGAUGUCCACGUGUACUUAUAUACAGAGUAUAUUAUGCGCAUGCUUUUUUGUGCAUGUGUUGCCUACAACCAGUUUAAGGCCAUAAAUGCUGUGACCCAUCACAGAUGGAGUCAUCAUUACACUACUGGAUAUUAUGGCAUUAUGUUCUCUCUGUGCGCUUAAACAGACGCUCUGUGGUGAUGACCGCCGUCAGUCUUUUAUACAAUCCCCCGAGCACUCAUGUCAAUUCCAUUAUGGCUGACGUUGAGUCUCUUUUGGGUCAUUUCAGUUAAGAGAUGCCUGUAUACAUUGACCUAAAGCAGUGCGCGGUGAACUGUUAGAGGCAGGGAGUACUUUCACUGUUAGUGCAGACCUGCCAACAUGUACAAAUUUGUCGUACUCAACAUGCAAUUUAGGCCCUUAAAUACGCUUGCAUGUUUCACAGCUCUUCAUUUUGUUGCUUUGUCCUGGUUUCAGUUUCGAGUUCAGUCUGUACAGUACAGAUAAAUAAAUAGAUAUUAUCAGUUUUAGUAGUAUUUCAAGUCAGGGGGGGCAUGUCAGAAAAUAAUUGAGAACCACUGAGUAUCCGUACCAUUUCCAAACACUUUUUCCCAGCGGAAAUAAUAGAAAUAGGACUAAACUAUUCAGCUGUCAAACUGUCGCCAUCAGAAAACCUUCAUUAAUUGUACAAGCUAUUUUUAAGUUACAUUUUAAUAUUAUUUAAUAUUAUUAAAAGCCGGACUCUCAUAAUUCUCACAAAAGUGUAAAAAUAAGUUAAUAAAACUUAAAUGCCAACUAAUCACCAUAACUGGCUGACUUCAGUGACGGGUAAAGCUGGAGUCUUACUUCAAGUGACUUCUAAUGUGUAUUUUCUCUCGCUCUUCUCGGGUGGUCCUUCUUUUUCAUUCAUCAAAGCCAAAAAAAAAGGAAAACACACUCAAAUCGAGGUCUUCUGAGGCUGUGAUGAAGUGAGAUUAACAUUCUAGUAUCCACAGUAUUACAAUUGCUGUACACGCCUGUUGAUUAGUGGUUUAAAAUGAUACCACUAAUUUUUUAAUCAUACCUUUCAACCGUCCCUUUUUCCCAGGGAAACUCGUAUAUUUUUUUCCUUCUUUCCCGGCGCCCUUGCAUAUUUUUCCUGUAAUUUCACUUUUCUGAAGAAAAAAAAAUAAAACCCUCUCCGGUACUGACAGAGCAGCACAGCUUCCAGUCUUCCAGACCUUCAAAAUAAAAGCACACCGAUAAAAUAACACAGUUGCAACACAGUAGGCGGUGGUGUCUUUACUCCAGCACACAUACACAUAUGCUGGAAUGUUUUUCUUGCAUUAUUUGCACCCAAAAAACACUUAUUUCAUUUGCUUACAUAGUGUUACGACAUGUUGAGUUGUUUUUGACAGAGAAAUUGUAUGCUGUAUUUUGCAAAACGAACUGGAAUGGGAAAGAAACAGACCCGGAUUUGGGGUGUGAAUGACCAUUCGCCGUUAAUACACCAAUACUGUAUGUUAUUUUUAUGCCGUCACAUGUCAUCUGCAGGCAGAUCAUCGUGAUGACGCUUAUAGUUUUUCAAUUUGCUGACUCAGUGAAUACAUUAUUUCUGGCUACUGUUUUGCCCGAAAGUUCCUCAAUCUGCUUUUGGUCUGUCAGCAGGCUUGUUAGUAUAUUUGCUUUGUCAGUCUGACCCAUCAGCGUGACCGCUUGUCUUUUUAAUCUGUCCAUCCAGCAUUUCAGCUCAUACCCACUCGCCACUCUUCCUCAUCUAUGCAGUUGUCUGCUUGUUUUGGCUCAAGCCUCAGGAAGAACCAUGAUAGGAAAAAGAAGAGUCUAGCAUACUUACUCAUCUGUACUAUGUAGGCAAUUUAUAUAAGCAGGCCUUUGUUUGCCCUCUGCCAAAUAAAGGCAUGAGGAGCUUUAUUCCUGUGUCCUCUUGGCUAAGAUGAACUCUUUCUACGGUUAUUUUUGUUAGGCAACCCACACUCCAGAAAGUUCCCACAACUAUGCCUGCUGAAGUCAGAAAGCUGCAAGCUAUCAUUCUGCUGUACAGCACAAAUAACCAAAGCAAAUUAUCAGUGUCAUUUCUCCAAGUACAGUAUAUUUGGCAGUGCUGCUAGUGUGCUACUGUCUUUCCUCUUGGGAAUAAGUUUAGGUGUUGACUGAUAAUGUUGCUGGAAUUGGAUGAGGAGAUGAAAUGUGACACAGGAGAACGCUCCCUCUCUCUCAUCAGCCGCCCAACAGAUGGCAGACGGGACCGUCACUUUACCUCAGCCUAUCAACAGCUCUGUUGUUCUGAGCUUUGUGCAAGCAGACAAAAGGGACCCGAAAGAGGUGUGGGAGGCCAUUUGGGUUGUAAUGAUCCAGAACCAGUAGCUGGUGUAGUAUAAAGGUACAGGUUUUUACAUGCACUUUGAUGUUGCUCUCUUUGGGUUCCACGAUUUGAAACCUUUGCAUUUAAUGUGACUAUGAAUACACGAUGAAAUGAAUCAACAGCACUCCUCUACAAUGAUGAAAGUUGAGAUCUUGUCAUUAUUAUAUUUUAAGACUUUGACUGCCUUUCAAUAUUUGUAUGGUGUACAAUUACAGCCAAUUUUGUUCAAACACGGCCCAAAUAUGGCGUGAAAGGGAUUUUUUUUUUUUUUUGUAUCUGUAAUUUGGAAAUGCCUCAAGAAAGUGAGAACAAACAGGGGUUUGUCAAAGUGUGAGGCGGGUCCACCCCUGAGAGGCACCACACGACUUCAGGGAAGGUUUAGCAGCUUGAUAAAAAUGAAGAAAAACAUAUUUUUCUUGAUUUGAUUUGUACUUUUUACAGUGAGGGAGUAAACAGAGUCUGAGGUGUGCAGAAAACACCACAAAGUGGUAAAGUAAGUUGGACCCCAACAAUAUUGAUUCUCUCAUGGGAGGAUCACUGUGCCACGCUUUGAUAGUCCCCAUGGUUAUGCCAGUUACCAGAUUCCUUUAGAAUUGUUGGCUAUAUGAUUUGAUUGGAUUUUUUUUUCUCUUUUGGCUUUAGCCACAGCGAGUCUAUCGCAUUAAUGGUUUUGGCUUAGUUUUUACAUUGGAUGUCCAUCCUUACGUAAAACCAGCUGGGAAUUGAACCCGUGCCCUUUUUUUUCCAUAACUUUCAUAAUAAAAAAAAAAAGAAAAUCAUUUUUCAUUACUGUUUCUAACACAACUUCUUACAGUCUUUUGCACUUUAUUGUAUGACUUCAAGCUACCCAUUCAACAAAUCCCCUCCAACUCCAAAAAAUGACUGACUUUGGGCUUAACUUUAUGAAAAAGCAAUGCAAUCAAUCUUUUUCUAAGAUGAAUCGGAUUUUAUGAUGUGCUGCUAUGAUGGUCUAACCCUUGUAGUGUUCAGGUUAAAAGUUACAAACUGUUCAACUGAUGAUUAUUGAAGGACAAUAGCAAUGCAUCAGUGCGAGGAUUUUUAUUUUAUUUCAUUUAUUGUGCUAGAGGUGUUUCAAAACUGUCAGUGUGCUGUUUUUUUUUUUAAAUAAGCAGCAUAGGCCUGAUGGAAAAGUCGUUUUCCACAAAUAGCCAUAAACAUGUAUCAUUUAACUUUAUUUCAUGAAAAAAAAUGUUCCCCUUUUAUUUUUAUGCUGUAUAUUUUCCUUUAUUGUCCAUGAUUUUCACUUGUGAUUGAAUUAUUUCAAGACUGUAUAGACAAUAUAGUUUCUUUGUUGUAGUGAAGCUGCUAUGAAUGUGAAUAUCUAUGAAAUAAAUGCAAUGACAAUGCAACUUCA